CAUUGUGUCUUUGCCCAGUACGUUUCAUCAAGAUUCCCAAAUUAAACCACCAAAACAUUUCAGUACUCAAAAGAGAACAUUGGACUGAAAGUCUCAACUGUUGUUUAUCUGCGACCCGUGACUCACGUUUUGGCAUUUAGGUUUCUGCCAAACAAGACCUCAAUGCAUAGCAUAGUUUCAUAGCCUCCUGCCAAAUAGUGCCUCUUCCUCUUUAAUUAUGCAUACAGCUCACUGGACGCACAAAGUCAAAACACCCAAUGCAUCUCCUACAUUGCUUUUCAACCAUAGAAAAAUACCUAAUAUCUACUUUUCCUUCGCUCUUUUCCUCCAUACCAAAAUCUAGAGCCAAAAAAAGAAAGAAAAAAGUAUAUUCUCAGAUGGGUUAUUCUACUAUUUUCUUGCUCUUUCUUCUCACAACUACAUUUCCUCACCAAAACCCUAAUUUUCUCGUCCAUGCUGACUCAACCCUGAUCCAGAACACAUGCAAAAACACCAAGUACUAUGGCCUCUGCGUCUCAUCCCUCAAAUCUGUUCCCACAAGCAAAAAUGCAGACACAAAGGGGUUGGCAGUUAUUAUGGUUGGGAUUGGAAUGGCAAAUGCAACCGCCACCUCAUCCUACUUGUCCUCUCAACUCAUUAGCUCAAGCACAACCGACACAAACUUGAAGAAGGUCCUCAAGGAGUGUGCCGACAAGUACGGCUACGCCGGCGAUGCCCUUCAAGCUUCAGUGCAGGAUUUGGGCUCAGAGUCUUACGACUAUGCUUACAUGCACAUCACUGCAGCCGCAGACUACCCUAAUGCCUGCCACAAUGCUUUCAAAAGGUACCCAGGUUUGGCUUAUCCUCCAGAGCUUGCAAGGAGAGAGGAGGGUUUGAAGCAUAUUUGUGACGUGGCUCUGGGAAUUAUUGAUAAUUUUGGUGGGUAACUGUUUAUUUCCGACUAGUGUGGUCAAUAAUGCAAGUUUAUUAGAAAAGAAAAAAAAAUUCUUUAUUUUUCUGAGAUUGUUUGGUCUAAGUGCCAAUGCUGUUGAUGCUUUGUCCUAAACGAGAAAUUUUUAGUUGCAAUGAAAAUCCGGAUGGUAGAUCAUAUGUUUUUAUGUAAA